AUCAAAUUCAAGCCAUCAUUUGGAAUGUUGAUAUAAUGUAGUUUGACAAGUAUUUCAAACCAUUUCAAACAUACUUAGUGUCAGUUGCACAAGUGAAAGAACCGAAUCUCGCAUAUGCUAAUGCAUUCAAUAAAUACACUUGGACAAUUGACAGAAAUACUAUUGUUGAACCAAUUGAGAAAGUCAUCCCUCCAUAGAAUCCAUUACCGCCGCCAACACAAUUGGCUGUCACCCCUUUUGAGGCUAUUGAGUAUCAAGUGAAAGAUUUUGAAUUUGAUAAGUAAAAAACCUUCAAUAUCUCAUUUACAAACUCACACUCUAUUUUUUACUUAUUAAUUUAUUGUUUCUUUAUCUAAAGAUGUCCUUGGACUACUUAUUAAUGCUGGACUUCCAAGUAAUGCAUCAAAUGGAAAGAAAAUCCAAGAAUUCAUCAUUAUGGAUACACAAAAAAAAGCCUAAAAAGCUAACACUUUGGGAGGAUUCCGUUGAACAUUAUGGAAAUGAACUUUCAGAGAAGGUGAAAGACUAUCCCGUCUUCCUGGCUAGGAGAGUGGUAAAAUCAUCAUCAAGGAUAUGGAGCAGAUACAACACGACAAUACUCCUAGAUCCCACAUAUUCAGAAGCUACCACAUUAGUUGCAUGGGCCAAAACAAUUCAAUGACAACUCAUUAAGUACACAGCUAGAAGCAUAUCCCCAAAAGGCACUCUUCUUUUUGUUCCUUGAAGAAGAAUCAAUAUUCAUAUACGAUAUCCAAAUACAGCCACAGGUAUAACAACGAAGAGUGACAUUUAACCUUCCAGUUCUUUGCAAC